GGGGUAGCGCGGUCUCUUCGGUCGUUGUUAGGCGUGCGUCCAAGCGGAAACUGGAAGUGAUUUUUCGUUUACCGGUUUUUACUACCGCGAUGUAUUACCGUUGUGGUACGAGAGGUGCUAUCUGAUGACGAUUUUGAGAGCGACGGAGGGGCGUGAGAGUGGCGCUUUUGUGGAGAGGCUGAAAGAGAACGCGGCGCCGUUGCUUGUAGGAAGAGCGGCGGGAUUAGACGCUGCUGCUUGCUGAAGAGGCGCCUCAAGAGCAAAAACUGAAGCAGCUGGAAGAAAAGAAAUUCGGAGUUCGGUGACGGCGGUGGCUCGUAUUCGGGUUGGUGCCUGGCUGAUCCACCAUGUCUUUAGCAGAUGAACUUCUGGCUGACCUUGAGGAGGCAGCUGAGGAAGAGGAUGGAAGCUUUGUGGAUGAGGAGGAUGAGCCUACCAUUGAGGAUGUCCAAGAGGAGAUGCAAAUGGAUCUGGCAACCGAUUCAGUCAAGAGUAUUGCCAAGCUUUGGGACAGCAAGAUGUUUGCUGAAAUCAUGGUUAAGAUUGAGGAAUACAUCAGCAAACAACCGAAAGCAUCUGAAGUUCUAGGCCCAGUUGAGGCUGCUCCUGAAUACAGAGUCAUUGUGGAUGCCAACAAUCUCACGGUGGAAAUUGAGAAUGAGCUGAACAUCAUUCACAAGUUUAUCCGGGAUAAAUACUCCAAGCGAUUCCCGGAACUGGAAUCCCUUGUCCCUAAUGCUUUGGACUACAUCCGAACUGUAAAGGAGCUGGGCAACAGCUUGGAUAAAUGCAAGAACAAUGAGAACCUUCAACAGAUUCUCACCAAUGCUACUAUCAUGGUGGUCAGUGUCACAGCGUCCACUACCCAGGGGCAACAGUUAACAGAGGAAGAACUGGAGCGCAUUGAGGAGGCCUGUGACAUGGCCCUGGAGCUGAACCAGUCCAAGCACCGCAUCUAUGAAUAUGUGGAGUCCCGCAUGUCCUUCAUUGCCCCCAACCUGUCCAUCAUUGUGGGAGCCUCCACUGCUGCAAAGAUCAUGGGUAUUGCUGGUGGCCUCACAAACCUCUCCAAGAUGCCUGCCUGUAACAUCAUGCUCUUGGGAGCCCAGAGGAAGACUCUGUCUGGAUUUUCCAGCACUUCCGUCCUGCCUCAUACCGGCUACAUCUACCACAGUGACAUUGUACAAUCAUUGCCUCCGGAUCUACGGAGGAAGGCCGCUCGGUUGGUGUCUGCAAAAUGCACACUGGCAGCACGUGUGGACAGCUUUCAUGAAAGUGCCGAGGGAAAGGUUGGUUAUGAUCUCAAAGAGGAGAUUGAAAGGAAAUUUGACAAGUGGCAGGAGCCCCCUCCUGUUAAGCAAGUGAAGCCCCUGCCUGCACCUUUGGAUGGACAAAGGAAGAAACGUGGAGGCCGCAGGUAUCGUAAGAUGAAGGAGCGUCUCGGCUUGACAGAAAUACGAAAGCAGGCAAACCGGAUGAGCUUUGGAGAAAUUGAAGAGGAUGCUUACCAGGAAGACCUUGGGUUUAGCCUGGGCCACCUGGGCAAAUCGGGCAGUGGCCGUGUCCGACAGACACAAGUCAACGAGGCCACGAAGGCGCGCAUCUCAAAGACUUUGCAGCGCACACUCCAAAAGCAGAGCAUGGUGUAUGGAGGGAAGUCGACCAUCCGGGACCGCUCCUCGGGUACUGCCUCCAGUGUGGCCUUCACUCCUCUGCAGGGUUUGGAGAUUGUGAACCCACAAGCGGCUGAGAAGAAAGUAGCUGAAGCCAACCAGAAGUACUUCUCCAGCAUGGCAGAGUUCUUAAAGGUGAAGAGUGAAAAGAAUGGAAUCAUGUCCACCUCCUAAUGUGCUCUUCCUUCUGGCAUGGACGCUGCUUGUGUUAACUGGCAGUCAGAACAAUAAAACAGAUGCAGGCAGGAGAGGCCUGUACACAAGAGGUGAACCUUUUCUCUUGGACUAGCAAAGACUGGACAGUUCUGAAGAAAUGGAUGUCAUCUCUGGACAUCCUGGGCCAAGUCCUCUUUUUUUUUUUUAACCAAAAGGAUCUCUAUAGAGAACCCUCUCCUCUUGUUGCAGCUGUCUGUUGCAUGAUAGAGAACAAAAACCUUCUCCCAGGUCUCAUUCCAAAUCAGAUUUGUUGAUAUGAGCUUUUUUUUAAUGGCUUGGAAGGGCUAACUAAAAGUAGCAGCUGAGAAAUGAUCCUUCUGUAUUAGACUUCAGCUGAAGCCACACACAUACACACAGGGGUCCUUUAAAUAUACAAGAAUGAGUAACUGUUAAGAAGUGUAAGUGAUAUGGAAGGAUUUGAAGAUAACUGUCAAUUGUGGCUCUCCCUGUAGAGUGCCUAAUCAAGAGAUCACAUUUUCUCAGUGUACAAUUUUCAGCUCAUUGGGGUUGGGGAGGCAAAUGGCAUUUCCUGGGUGUGGUGGGCGCUGUGCCGCCUAGAAUGUAUGAUAUAGAUGCCAAUAAUUGCUGUUACCUGACUUUUUGCAAGAAGUAUGUCUUCUUGCAAGAAGUAUGUCUAGAAAAAUUGCAUUGUAUGUUUAGAUUUUUCCUAGUCUAAAUUUAGGAACUCCGAAGUCUUGGCAUAAAAGUAGCAGCUGGAUGUGUGGGAUAUGUAUUUAAACAGCUGUAACAUCAAACUUUUAUUUGUCUUGAUGUGUGAAAUUUUUCGGAACAAAUAGAACUCCAUUGGAACCUG